UAAACAGACUUCCUGACUACUUCGUCCUCUCUUCUAUCCCCCCAAGUCAAACCUACCAGCGCUUGAAUCUUCUCCGCGUAUCACCUGUCUAAUGAGCUCGAUCCCUCCCAAGUCAGGCCUUCAACCUCAAGGACAAAGCACCUCGACCCAGGCCGCUUCCUCCACACACUCCGCUGCUGGGAAAUCUUCGACCCAGGCACCGGUUCCCACGCCCUCGUCUACGUCGACGACGGCCCCUCGCUCCUACGCCAACGCCACCAAGAAGUCCGCGACGGACUCGACCGCCGCUCCCGUCACCGUGGGCGGCCCGUCGCAACAUGGGAAGUCGACUACAGCAUCUCCUGUGAGCGGCAAACCCAUGCAGCAAUCCCAAACCACCGGCGUCACCAUCGUCAAUGGCGCCCCGGCCCCGGCCUCUCAGGGCGACCACACCAGAAAGCCGUCCGUGACCAUCACAUCCGCUGGCACCUCGGGCUACAUCCCCAACGGUGGCCAGACUGGUCGUCCGAACAGCCUGCAGUUCGGCUUUGCCAACCAGCAGUCUUCUCCUAAUAUGGGCAAUCCCGCUGUCUUGGCUAGCCAGCCUCAGUCCGGUCUUGGUGUCACUCCGCCCAUGAACCCUCGUGUGACCUCGCCACAGACGUCUCCUUCUCCCAUUCCUCAGCCCGCUUCGAGCGGUGGCCGGCCACCGCCGUCGUCGUAUCAGACUCAGGGCAACGUGCCGAACUUUGGUAGCUUUGGCGAGGGUGAUAACCAGCAGAUGCGGCCGGCUCCUCAGGCACCCCUUGGUCCUGGCGCUCAGUCGACCCAUCUGCGCCGCGAAUCCUCACAGUCAACCCACAGUGAUAUGACCAACCAUAUGGGCAGCGGUCCCGCUGGCCGCGGCGGUUAUCCCCAUCAGGGCGGCCGUGGACGUGGAUAUUCGCAGUCGAGCUAUCAGGGACAGAUGCCCUACUCCCCGGGUCCCAGCUUCCGUUCGACGCCCAGCCAACCCCGUGGCGGUCCCAACAUGGCGCCUCAAUUUCACGGCCCUAACCAGGGACGCCCGUUGGCACCCUUCCCCAACUCUCCGCACCAGGCGAGUCGCAGUCCGGCGCUGGCCAACGCACACCCCACGACCCCCCAAAUGAACCAGGUCCCCAUGGCCCAUGCGCAGAUGCCGCCUCAACCCUACUAUGGCCAACCCAUGCCCCAGCCUGUGAGAUCCCACCCCUUCCAAAAGCCCCGGCGUGGUCCCUUGAAUCGAAAAAGAGGAAACCCCCGGUCACUGCCUGCACCCCGUUCUUCUCUUGCUCUUUCUUCCCAAAUCUCUCUCCCUCCCCCAAAUCUGGCACCAGAAAGUGGGCAUUUCGAACGCUAUCUAACUUUGAUGAAAAACAAUCAGGCCUAUCCCGGCUUCGACCCCGCCUACGCUUACUACCCCAACUAUAACAUGGGAGUCAACCAGUACAUGCCCCCGUCCCCGUCGAAUCGCCCUGGCAUUCCGUACAACCCUCAGGGCCCGUACAUGCCGAACCAGUACUCGGUGCAGCCCCCCGCGCAGGGGACGGCCUUGUCUCGUAGCCCAUCGCAGGUUUCGAACGACCGGCCUGGGUCUAGCUUGGGUCAAGGCCAGCCCCCUGCUGGUCCUCCCGGUCCCGCUCAUGCCCACAAUGCCAGCCGUUCAUCGAACAGCCCAGCCCCUCAGAAGACACCCUUCGUUCUUCCGACCAAGAAGAGCGCUAUCGUCAUCAAGGAUCCCGGCAGUGGCGCUGUGAAGACGUUUGAGAAGGCCCCAGCCUCUCCCGCCCGUGUCACUCCUUCUCCCGUCAAGAUCGCUACCCCGACCUCGACUCCUCCCCCUCGCACCGGCAGCAGCGCCGAUCACACUCGCACGGACUCCAAGUCCACUAAGACGGAUGAGGAGAAGAAGAAGGAGCUGAGAGAUGCGGUGCGCCAGAAGAUCGAGCAAGAUGAGGCGGAGCAGCGUCGCAAGGCCGAGGAGGAGCAAGCGGCCGCUAACCGCAAGAAGGAGGAAGAAGAAGAGGCGGCGCGCAAGAAGGCCGAAGAGGAGGCGGCUGAGAAGAAGAAGGAGGAAGAGGAGGCCGCACAGAAGAAGGCCGCCGAGGAAGAGGCGGCGCGCAAGGCCCUCGAGGAGUUGAGCUUGAAGGACAAGGCGACCGACGCCAAGGCCGAGGAGCCUUCCAAGCCCGCAGCUGCCCCUGCUCCUGCUGAUGAUGACGACAUUGACUACGAUGCCAUUGAACGCGAGAUGGCCGAGCUCGAGGCCAAGGAGCGUGCUGCGGAGGAAGCUUACUAUGCCAAGAAGAAGGCUGAGAAGGAAGAGAAGGAGCGCAAGGAGAAGGAGGAGCUUGAAGCCUACGAGGCCAACAUGAAGGCUGCCGAGCGUGAGGCAGAGGCAUUGGAAGAAGCCCGCGAGAAGAAGCGCCAAGGUGGUGUCGUCGAGGACGACUCGAAGAGCAAGGAGCUCUUCCAAUCUCUCAAGAAGGGAGGAUUUCCUGCCACCGAGGUCAGCACUCCUGGAGACAGCGGCACGGCCACGCCCGCUUCCGAUCUGUCCAUGGGCCCCCCUGCUAAGCCUGCCAGCGCUACAAAGCGCGACAAGCCGGCUGCCCUCAAGUUGGAGACCACCAAGGCCGUUGAGCCUCCUCAGCCCAGCGCGGCUAUGAAGGCUCUUCAGUCCGCUCGGUUUGUCGAGGACCUCAGCAAGGUUGCUUACCCUUCGUCCAUUGUCUCUCCUAAUCCUGCUCUGAACGCCAACGCGCCCGCCGACCGCAAGUUCCACUACAACAAGGAGUUCUUGCUGCAGUUCCAGGAGGUGUUCAAGGAGAGGCCUUCCCCCGACUGGGAUGCCCGUGUGCGUGAGACCGUGGGUGACAGCGACUCUUCCCGUCCUCAGUCGGCCCGGACGCCAAUGAUGGGUGGCCGGAACUCUUCGCGAUCCGGUGGUGUCACUCAGGGCUUCCAGAUGGGUAGCUUCGGCCAGCCCGCCAACCGCAACAGCCUGCCCCCCGGUACCACUUCCGCCGAGCGCUUCGCUAUGUCGAACGCCGCCUCCACCAGGACUUCCUCCAUGGGCGGCAAUCCGUUUGGCGCGUUCGGACGUCCCGGUAUGGGUAUGGGUGCUCAUGGUAUCAACCGCACCAACUCUGCUAGCGCUAUGCAUCCCGGUAUGCCCUCAUCUCCGCGUGUUGGCUCCAACCGCGCCGGCACGCGCACCGGCAGCAAGCGUGAUAAGCAUCAAGCCAAGAAGGAGGAGGAGAUGGCCAAGUCCAUGCCUCUUACUGCUGGACUUGACAUCAAGCCUAUCCAAGUGUCUAGCACUGGUUGGAAGCCUCGCAGUGUUGGUCAGGCUGCUCAAUCUGCUGCUGCUGCUGCUGCUGGCCCUACUCCCGCCGGUGCUGCUCACAUGCCCCCGGAUAUGGUGCAGCGUAAGGUCAAGGCUGCUUUGAACAAGAUGACCCCUGAGAACUUCGAUCGUAUCGCCGGUCAGCUCCUGGAGAUCGUUUCUCAGUCCAAGGACGAGUCUGAUGGACGUACUCUGCGCCAGGUCAUCCAGCUCACCUUCGAGAAGGCCACUGACGAGGCCCACUGGGCUUCCAUCUAUGCCAAGUUCUGUAAGCGCAUGCUUGAGAGUAUGAGCGCUGAGAUCAAGGAUGAGAACAUCCAUGAUAAGAACGGCAACGUUGUCGCUGGUGGUAGCUUGUUCCGCAAAUACCUUCUUAACCGUUGCCAGGAAGAGUUCGAGCGCGGUUGGAAGGUCAACCUUCCUCCUAAGCCGGAGGGUGAGACCGAGGAGGCUGCUAUGAUGUCUGACGAGUACUACAAGGCCGCCGCUGCCAAGCGUCGUGGUCUUGGUCUUGUCAAGUUCAUUGGUGAGCUGUACAAGUUGGGCAUGCUGACGGAGCGUAUUAUGCACGAGUGUGUCAAGAAGCUUGUCGACUACGAGGGUAUGCCCGAUGAGGCCGAGGUUGAAAGUUUGACCAGCCUUCUGCGUACCAUCGGUGCCAGCCUCGACGCCUCCGAGAGGGGACACGCCAUGAUGGACGCUUACUUCCAGCGGAUCGGCCUGAUGGUCCAGACCCCUGGCCUGCCUAGUCGUCUGAGGUUCAUGCUUAUGGAUAUCAUCGACCUGCGUACUGCUCGCUGGCAGUCCAAGGACUCCGACAAGGGUCCCAAGACGAUCCAACAGAUUCGUGAAGAGGCUGCUCGUGCUCAACAGGAAGCCGAUGCGGAGCGUGCUCGCCAGCAGGCCAACCGUGGUAGCCGCCCCACCAUGGGUCGUGGUGAUGCUCGCAGCUACAGCGGCUAUGGAAACCAGGCCCCCCCGCAAGACUUCGCAUCCAGCAAGGUUGGAAGUGACGAUCUCCGUCGUCUACGGACGACCCGUAACACCAACCAGCCGAUGUCUUUCGGACCGUCCAGCAUGCUGGGCUCCCGCAGCAACAGCGGACGGAAGAACCUUGGCCCUGGCGGCAACUUGGUUCGUGGCAGCGAUGACAGUGCUGCUAGCAGCCGGACUGGCACUCCCACCGGCAAGAAGGAAGACAAGGAGGCCGCGUCCUCGAUGAACGCAUUCAGUGCUCUGGCAAGCUUGGAAGACCGUGACAACAUGGCCACCUCUCCUCCAUCGAACCCCACCUCCCCUCUGUUGACCAAGUCGCAACCCGCGGUCGAGCGCCGACCCUCCAAGACCCCGUCGAAGGACGGUGAGGAAGCAUCAUAGAUUCUGUCGCAAUGAUAAUGAAAAAUGAUUCCGUUCUUCUGGAAAGAUUUCUUCUCACUUCUUUUUGACACCUAGUCACGACAUGCCCGUCAUGUGAUUUGAAAUGAACAUUCCUCUCUAAUCUUCUCGUCCAUGAUUUCGGCGAAAACCAAA